GAUGUUCAAAGCUUGGGGGCGGGGUGAGUCCAAUAGACCAAUGGGGUGGCCAGCUACGUCAUCAUCAGUGGGCGGAGCCUGCAGUCGAACACCAUGGUGAGCUGCUCCGGUUUUUCGUGGUCUUUUUUUCCCGCGCCAGCGGCCGGUUCUGCACAGUCUGGUUCGGCAAGAACCGGGAGUCUCUCCGUAUGGAGGCCGCCGCGAGCUCGCGCCGUGACGUCACAGCUAAUGAUAACACGUGAAAAGUCCCCGGUUAGCAUGUGUAGCGGCUAACUUCCGCCCUGUUCAGCGUUUGACCCGAGUCAGUGCUCAGGUUCUGGAGUGAAACGAACCGCCCGGGACUGGGUUUUUGUCUUUUAACACAUUCGAGUUAGUUUGACAUGAAAGUAAACAAAGAUAGUUGACAAAUAACUGAAUUUCUACUGUUUUAUGGAGAAAACAACAACCGUGACGUCACCGGAAACUAUUAGAAAUAUAAAUAAAUAACAAUAAUCUAAUAUAAUAAUUUCUUGUUUAUUCAUUUUUAUACAUUAAUUGAUUUUCUGUUGAUUUAAAAUGUAUUUCUUUUAGCUUAAGAAACUCCAUAAAUGAGACAUUGAGCUGCAGAGAUGAAGCCCGCCGCCGCCGCCACCCCGCUCCUCCUGCUGGUCCUGCUGGCCGCUGCGGGCCAGAACCGAGCCCAGUUUGGGAGUUCUCUUCUGGAUCUGUCCAGCAUCCUGCCCGCUCUCAGCAGACCCGCCAACCACAGCCGCAUCUUCCACGCCGUGAUGUUCGACGCCGGGAGCACGGGGACGCGCAUCCACGUCUACACCUUCAUCCAGGGGGACUCAGAGCUGCUGCCGGUUCUGGACAACGAGAUGUUCCACUCGGUGAAGCCCGGUUUGUCAGCAUACGCCGACACCCCUGAAAUGGCCGGACACACGGUCCGGAUGCUGCUGAAAGUGGCCAAGAAGACGGUGCCGCGCCUGGACUGGAAGAGGACUCCUCUGGUCCUCCGAGCCACGGCGGGACUGCGGCUGCUGCCUGCAGACAGAGCGCAGGCUCUCCUGGACCAGGUCCAGCUGGUCUUUGAUGAAUCUCCGUUUCUCGUCCCGGACGACGCCGUGAGCAUCAUGAACGGCACAGACGAAGGGAUCCUGGCCUGGGUGUCUCUGAACUUCCUGACAGGUCAUCUGAAACCACAGACCCAGAAAACGGUGGGGAUCCUGGAUCUGGGAGGAGGAUCCACCCAGAUCACCUUCCUGCCCACCGUCAGGAAGACCAUUGAAAACGCUCCGGCUGCAGAUCAUGUUGCCAGGUUGGACUUUCUGAACACCACAUUUGAGCUUUACUCCCACAGUUAUCUUGGAAGCGGAAUCAUGGCGGCGCGACUCUCCACGCUGGGCGCUCUGUCCACAGACGAGCUGGAAUGGCGCGUUUUCCGGAGCUCCUGCCUGCCCAGUAAGUUCAGGGGUGAAUGGAGCUUCGGAGGGCUGACCUACCAAGUGAGCGGAGAUCCGGACGGUCAAGAAGGAUACAAGCCGUGUUAUCAGGAAGUCCUGAAGGUGGUGAAGGGGAUCAUCCACCAGCCGGACCAGCUGGAGAACAGCAACGCUUUCUACGCGUUCUCCUAUUACUUCGACAGAGCCGUGGACGCCGGCCUCAUCGACGGCGUGAAAGGAGGGGCGGUGCAGGUCCGAGACUUCCGGAAGAGAGCCAAAGAGGUCUGCAGCAGCAUGACCAAGAGCCCCCCCAGCAGCCCCUUCCUCUGCAUGGACCUGACCUACAUCACCUGUCUGCUGAAGGACGGCUUCGGAUUCAAGGAGAGCGCCGUCCUGCAGUUGACCAAGAAGGUGAAUAAGGUGGAGGCCAGCUGGGCUCUCGGGGCGACUCUGGACCGUUUCCUCAAGCUGAGGAUCCACUGAGAAGAUGCUGAGUCAUGAUUUCUUUAAUGAGUCUUUCACACAACCAGAGCAUUUUUCUGAGGUUGUUAUAUUUAUCUGCAGCACUGGAGGCUGAACUAAAGUUAUUUAUAGUAUUUAUACACAAAAAUGGCAGUUUUUAAUGUCAAGUAUUGGUAGAAUCUAUGUACAGUAAGUGUGUCUGGUACAGUUCAUGUUGACUGAGGUUUCCUACAAUAAUUCAUCAGCGGCGGUCACUUCUCUCAAACCAGUCUUCAGUUUUUCUUUGGAAGUUUUUCCCAAAACCAGGAAAAACGAAGUGUUUUUGUACAAACUUGCCAAAAUAAAAGCACAAAUAUGUA